AUGGCCGGCCGUGCGCUGUUGGUGUGCGCCCUCUGCGCGCUGUGCUGCGCCGCCGGCGGGGGCUGGGCGGCGGAGUGGGACUACUGCACGGAGCGCGACUGGAGGGGCUUGCGGGCCGUCGCGAAGGACAUGAGCGAGGCGGAAAUUGCGGCGAAGUACUGCGGCCGCAAGCCGGAGUUUGUGCGGGGGCUGCGGGCGAGUCUGCAGGGCGAUGAGGUGGAGGGGGAAGUGUCUGGCCCCGGCGGAGGGGGCGGCGGUGCUUCGAGGGGAGAAGUGUCCGGGCACUCGGCGGAGCUGAGAGGCGCGGGCGGCUCGCAAUCGACAUCGGGCGAAAAGGCGGCAGCGGCACCGUCGCCGGAAUUAAAACCAGGCGUCCGACCGUCGGGUGCCUCUCCGGACGUAAACGGCGUUGCACACCGAAGUGGGGCCUCGCCGGACGGGCCAGACGACGCCGAGACUCCUCUGGAGCAAACAAAGCCACAGGACGGCGUGCAGCAGCCGCCACCACAGGCAGUGCCUUCGACAGGGCUCGACGGCCAAGGAACGGAACAAAAGGGAAAGGACAACACAGACUCGCACUCGCUUGGAGAAGAUGAUCCGUCAAAGAGUGCCAGCGUCUCAGCAACACAAGAGGUGGAAAACACGCCCAUAACGGAGAAUGCAUCAGGUGGAAACGGCCAACAAGCAAGCGAAAUCGUUCUUCCUCAAACUCCUGGUGCUGCUGCGGUGGCGUCGCUACCAGCAUCCGACAACUCCGCCGGCACUUCAACAGACGGCACAGGAAAAGCGCCGAAGGCAGGGCAACUAGAAGCAGCGUCGACACUACCAACGCCGCCAGCGCCAGCGCCAACGUCAACUGAAGUGCCAGUGGAAGCAGGGAAGGAGACGACAUCCGAGACGGCUCCUUCGAAAGAAACGGGUGUCGAGGAGAGUCUGGUCAGUGAUAAUAAAGCUGGCGGUGACGAGAAAGCUAAGCCCAAACAGGCUGCGCCGGCCGCAGCUGACACAAGUAAUACACCGGGUGGAAGGGCAGUGGAUGCAGCUCAACUCACUGCCCGUCCGGGCGGCGGUGGCACUUCAAGCGAACAGACUGGGAAGGAGGCUGGGGCGAUUGCCGAGGAUUCUGCAGGGCCUGUUGUCGCGGCGGCCCCAGGAGCCCAACAGCAAGGUGUAACUGCCGCUGGCACACCGACGAGCAGCGGCAAGGAGCCGCUUCCAGCAGCAGGGGACACCGCCACUGAGGCCAGCCACGCGGCGACGACGACUGACGGUGGCAGCGGCAGCAGCCCCGCGGCGCAGCCGCAGCCGGGGAGUUCCGUGGGGACAAACGAAGCUGGCCAGCGAGAACAGGAGCAGCCCGCAGCCACCGCACCCAAGCAGCAAACGGAAAAGAGUGGCGAGAGAAGAGGAGAAGCCACACAGCCGGCAGCGGGGGCGGCUGCCCAAGCGGUGACUACCACCAACAAUUCGACGAGUGCAGCGAAGGCGGAGCCCGGCGACAGUGACGGCAGCAGCACCGCGGCCGCGCACUCCGCCUCCCCCCUUGCGCUGCUUCUUCUGCUUGCGUGUGCAGCUGCCGCUGCGAUGGUGGCCGCGUGA